AUGACAAAAGACACCUUUCUAGAUGAGCUAGACGUUCAUGCCAAAAGGGAAGCCCCACCCGUUAACAAUGCAUGCGUGCCAGACAUAUAUAACAAACUGGAUGCGGACGCCAUUGAAAGGACUCGUGUAAUUAAUGCAAUGCUAGACAAACGUCUCGUUGUACAAGAAAAGGUUCUGACCAAAUACCAGCACCAAGCAGAAGUGUUUUACAAGAAACAAAAAGAGAGAGUGACUAAAGAGCUGAGAAAGGUUCAACAUAGACUUCCAAGUAUGGACGACUUCCAUCCCAACGUAGAAACAAGUACUCGUAUCAAGAAACUGCGAAGGGUCCAAUGUCACGUACACACUCCAGUAGGAUUCACAACAACGCCUCGGGAAAUUAAAGGCAUCCCAGCGGAGAGGGAUAACAAUCCUUUCUGUGGUCGAUUCUUUUCGCAUCACUUACCGACAAAGGCUAAAUGGUACAAGGACGUGCCGAAACCCUCACGUUUAAUGUACCGCCAUUUGGGACUUCCCCCACACGCCGUCAACAGACGGCUAGUAUUGCUCAUGUCGCGAGGGCUUAGUGCUAGUGACAAUUUCCUUGCAGCAGGUCUUGCUCCUCCUAUCAGUACAGGCGACAGUGGGGUGAUGUCGGACAAUGACGAUGCUAUGACAAUAUAA